AGAGAACUAAGUGGCUGGUUGUGGCAGAAAGCAGACGUUAGGCUGACGUGUAGAUCUGGACCGUGGCGUUUAGAUAUGGAGGACUCAUCUCUCUCCGACUGACCCCCUCAGGUCAAUCACAGGAAAAUGGCUGGAAAGAUUGCAAAAGAAGAGCUUGAAGAACUGAGAGAGGCAUUCGAGAAAGUUGAUCUUGACAGCAAUGGUUACAUCUGUGACCACGAACUCCAAGUGCUCUUCAGAGAGGCAAACUUUCCCCUGCCCGGCUACAGGGUGCGGGAGAUCAUCCAGAAACUUGACCGCAACAACGAUAACAAGAUCAGCUUUGAUGAGUUUGUGUUGAUGUUCCAAGAGCUGAAGAGCUCUGACAUUGCUAAAAGCUUCCGAAAGGCCAUCAACAGGAAGGAAGGGAUCCUGGCCAUUGGCGGGACAUCUGAGCUGUCAAGUGAAGGCACUCAGCACUCCUUUUCUGAGGAGGAACGAUUUGCAUUUGUGAACUGGAUCAACAGUGCCCUGGAAAAUGACCCUGAUUGCAAGCAUGUCCUGCCCAUGGACCCCAACACAGACUCGCUCUUUAAGGCUGUUGGAGAUGGUAUAGUGCUCUGCAAAAUGAUCAACUUGUCCGUGCCAGAUACCAUUGAUGAACGAACCAUAAAUAAAAAAAAGCUGACACCAUUCACAAUACAGGAGAAUCUGAACCUGGCGCUGAACUCGGCCUCUGCCAUUGGCUGCCACGUGGUGAAUAUUGGGGCUCUAGACCUGAGGGAGGGGAAGCCCCACUUGGUGCUGGGCCUGCUGUGGCAGAUCAUCAAGAUUGGUCUGUUUGCCGACAUUGAGCUCAGCAGAAACGAAGCUUUGGCAGCCUUGCUAAGAGAAGGAGAGACCCUAGAGGACCUGAUGAAGCUGUCUCCAGAGGAGCUACUCUUGCGCUGGGCUAACUUCCACCUAGAAAACGCUGGCUGGCAGAAGAUCAAUAACUUCAGCUGUGACAUCAAGGACUCCAGGGCAUAUUUCCACCUCCUGAACCAAAUCUCUCCAAAAGGGACAGAGGAGGACCAGCCACGCAUAGACAUCAACAUGGCAGGCUUCAAUGAGAAGGAUGACCUGAAGAGGGCAGAGGCCAUGCUGCAGCAGGCGGACAGGCUGGGCUGCCGUCAGUUUGUCACAGCAGCUGACGUCGUCAGUGGGAAUCCCAAACUCAACCUCGCCUUUGUGGCCAAUCUCUUCAACAAAUAUCCUUCCCUUACCAAGCCUGAGAACGAGGACAUCGACUGGGGACUGUUGGAAGGUGAAACACGAGAAGAGAGAACCUUCCGAAACUGGAUGAAUUCCCUUGGAGUGAAUCCACAUGUCAAUCAUCUGUACGGAGACCUACAGGAUGCUCUGGUCAUUCUUCAACUUUACGAGAAAAUUAAAGUACCGGUAGACUGGACCAACAAGGUCAACAAACCACCUUAUCCCAAGAUUGGAACCAACAUGAAAAAGUUGGAGAAUUGCAACUAUGCAGUUGAGCUAGGUAAGACAACAGCCAAGUUUUCCCUCGUUGGCAUUGGCGGGCAGGACCUGAAUGAUGGCAACGCCACCCUGACUCUAGCCUUGGUCUGGCAGCUGAUGAGAAGAUAUACCCUGAAUGUAUUGGAGGAUUUGGGCGAUGGACAAAAAGCAAAUGAUGACAUUAUUGUCAACUGGGUCAAUAAAACUUUGUCCGAGGCUGGGAAAGCAACAAAGAUUUCAAGCUUUAAGGACAAGGAGAUCAGUAGCAGCUUGGCAGUGGUGGACUUGAUAGACGCCAUCCAACCUGGCAGCAUCAGCUAUGACCUGGUAAAGACUGGCAGCCUAUCAGAAGAUGAAAAGCUGGAGAAUGCCAAAUAUGCUGUGUCUAUGGCGAGAAAGAUUGGAGCACGUGUCUAUGCUCUCCCAGAGGACCUCGUGGAGGUCAAGCCAAAGAUGGUGAUGACAGUGUUUGCCUGCUUGAUGGGUCGAGGAAUGAAGCGAGCCUAAUGGACUGGCUAUGUGGCACUUACUUAACGCCUACCUAUAAGCCAGUAGCCCAAUGGACUGGUUGUGUGGCACUUACUUAACGCCUACCUAUAAGCCAAUAGCUUUCUGAAGGAGCUCCCCCAGUAAAAGGAAUGAAGAAAGAUUUCUGAAUGAAAAUAAUGUGACCAAGAUGGUUUACAAUCAAAAUCUAAAGUAUGUAUGUUAAUAUUUCCACAUCUUUUGGUUACUGGAGGUGUUUACUGAAGGAUAAUGUGCUUUCGUCUUAUUUAAGGGAAGCCCACAGGGCUGAGUUGCUAAAGACAUGGCCAUAUGUUACAGAGGACAAUUUGGUGUGUUACUAGUCAAUAUGCAAAUUCCACUUAAUGUAUAAGAAUGCUGUUUUUGAAGUACACGUGUGUAUUACACAUAAUUCCAGCUUCAAAGUUGUUUACAUAUUUUUACUCAGACUUAAGUUAAUUAAAUUCCUAGUUUCCAUAGCUGACUUGACAAAAAAGAAGUUUGCGAGUUUGGAUUUUUAGGUGUGACAUCUCUCAAAAAACACCCUAACAAUCCCUCUCCCAAAAUGAAGUACAUGCAUGCCUUUAUAAUAACUGGUAUCAUAAAUUGCUACAUAUCAAUAUACAGAAGCCAUGAGGUCCUACAGUCGUAAUGACCAAGGCUGGUGUGCUGUCUGUAUUCUCAUACAUGUCAUUUGUUUGUUUCUUGUGAUUAUAAAGGGAGGUGAAAGGUGUAUGGGAUGUCUGGCCUAUGUUGUACUGGUCUUUUUUUUUUCUCCCCUUCUUUUUAUCUGUUACGUUGGAUGAGGAACUGACUAAGUGUAGUCUCCAGGAUUCUGCUGUGCCUUCUUGUCUUGGUGACAACUUGUAUUGCGCUUUUGAGGCUCACCAUUUUCUUUUGUAUUCAGCAUUACAAAAUAUAAAACGAUAUCUCUAUUCCAGGUAGCUUCGUGGUAGUCUGUGACAAUGUCCAAAUGAUUAAAUUUGGUCAUAUGUACAUAUCUACUCCUAAGUGCUUUAUACAUAAUAAUAAAUAUCUUGUUGAAAAAAUGAUGGGCCUUACUUUUGUAGUUUUUUUUUGGAGGCUUUUGGAGUCCAUUUCAUUCAACCCCGAAUCGCUGUAAUGUAUAAACUCUGUUGUUUUACUGACCUAUUGGUUAUAUUGUCCUCAACGGACCUAAGAUUUAGCCUCAUGAAGCCAACCUAAACCUCGCAAGCU